UUAUUGGACAAAUUGAAAAAAUAACGACAACGAACGAUCAAAACGAUAACGACAAAAUAAUAACUUUUUUUAACCCACAAAAAUGAAUCAAAUAAUUCAUGUUUCAUCAAUGAAUGAUUCGGAAACUGGUAGUUCAUCAUCAUCAGUGGAAAAAAAUAGCUUUACCAGUGAAGAUAAAUUAAAAUCAAGUGAAUUUCGUUGCCGUAUAACAUUUGUAAGGAGCCAUCUAUGGACAUGGAUAUUAAUAUUACUUUGUUUAAUAUUUAUAUUAAUAUCAUUAUUGAUUGGAUUUUUAAUUAUAACAAUACGUAGCCAACAAAAUUCAUCUAGUCUUUGUUUAAGUGUUGAUUGUAUAACAGCAUCAGCUGAAAUGCUGACAAGUAUGAAUUCAGAAAUAGAUCCUUGUAUUGAUUUUUAUGAAUAUUCAUGUGGUGGUUGGAUUCGUACGAAUUCAAUGUCUGAUGAUGAAUCACGUGCUGAUACAUAUUCGGUUAUUCGUAAUCAAAUGUCAGAAAAAUUAAAACUUUUACUUGAAGAACCAAUUACCGAAGCAGAUAAUGAAGCAAUACGUAAAGUAAAAAAUUUUUACCUAUCUUGUGUUGAUACAAAAUUAAUUGAACAACGUGCGGAACGACCAUUAUUGGACCUGUUGGAUCAAGAAUUUGGUGGUUGGUCAUUGAUUGGUCGUGAAACGGAAAAAUUAACCACAAUGGAUUGGGUCACAAUGAUGGGCAUUCUACGACAAUAUAACAAUGAAAUAAUCAUUGGACAUAAUGUUGGUCCAAAUGAUGCUAAUUCAUCACUUUAUUCGAUCAAGAUCUACCCUGGUGGUCUUGGAAUGUCAAGUAGUGAUUUUUACCUAAAUAAAUCAAGUAAAAAUUAUCAAUCAUAUCGACAAUUAAUGAUUAAAACGGUUAAUCUUUUAAUGCAACCAUCAUCAUCGUCAAAUCAAAAUCAACAUCAACACCAACAUCAACAGCUACAAUCAAAUGAAACAAUUCAACGUAUACAUACUGAUAUUGAUGAUAUUCUUGAAUUUGAAACACGUUUAGCAAAUAUAUCAUCAAUGUUUGAAAAAACUGGUGGUGCAGCAUAUCAACGUAUGCCUGUAAAUAAAUUGGCUAAAUUGGUACCGAAAAUUAAUUGGCAAAAAUAUUUUGAAUUAACAAUACCACAACCAUUGAAUGAUACUGAAUCUAUUGGUAUAUUUGGAUUUGAUUAUUUUCUUGAUGUUCAGGAUAUAACACAAACAGUUCCGGAACGAAUCAUAAAAAAUUAUCUACUUUGGCGUUUUGUUAUGAAUCGUAUUAAAAAUCUGGAUCAACGUUUUGAAAAUAUUCUGGAAGAUUAUUAUCGUGAUCAAUAUGGAACGAAAUCAAUACCAGCACGUUGGAAAAAAUGUAUCGAUUUUGUUAAUGGUAAUCUUGGUACAGCUGUUAGUGCCCUUUAUGUACGAAAAUAUUUUGAUCUUGAAAGUAAACAAAAAGCCGAAGAAAUGAUUAAAAAUAUUAAAAAAGAAUUUAUGCUUAUAUUGGAUGAAGUUGAAUGGAUGGAUGAUGAAACACGUAAUGAUGCUAAAAAAAAGGCCGAAAUGAUGGAAGAACAUAUUGGAUUUCCUGAUUAUAUACUUGAUCCGGUUUUAUUGGAUAAAGAUUUUGAUCAUCUGGAAUUUGAAAAUUCAACAUAUUUUGAAAAUGUUGUCGGUUAUUUACGUAAUUCAACAAAAAAAUCACAAGGAAAAUUAUCAUCAGUUGAUGAUCGUACUAAAUGGACUGUUAUGCCAAGUGUUGUUAAUGCACAAUAUCAUCGAUUUCGUAAUUUGAUGAGCUUUCCGGCAGCCAUUUUGCAAUCACCAUUUUUCAAUAAAAAUUAUCCACCUGCAUUAAAUUAUGGUGCUAUUGGUUCGGUAAUUGGACAUGAAUUAACACAUGGUUUUGAUUCGAAUGGCCGUCAUCAUGAUCAAUUUGGUAAUCAAAGACUUUGGUGGCAUCCAAAUACUGUUGAUAGAUUUAUUAAAAAAUCUUCAUGUAUGAUUAUGCAAUAUAAUAAUUAUACAGUUAAAAUUCAUGGUGAAACAUUGAAUGCAAAUGGAUUAUUAACACUUGGUGAAAAUAUUGCCGAUAAUGGUGGUGUUAAACAAUCAUAUCGUGCAUUUCGUAGAUCUCAACAACAACGACCAAAUGAAUUUUAUUUACCUGGCCUGAAUAUGACACAUGAUCAAUUAUUUUUUCUAAAAUUUGCACAAAGUUGGUGCCAGAUAAUGACCGAUGAAGGUAUGAUUGAUGCAUUAAAAACAUGGCGUCAUUCAUUGGGUAAAUUUCGUGUUAUUGGUACAUUAAGUAAUUUUGCUGAAUUUUCAAAAGCAUAUAAAUGUCAACCGGGUACACCAAUGAAUCCACGUGAAAAAUGCAGUGUUUGGUAAAACAAAUGAAACGAAUUACGUAAUUUUUGAAAUUCUCAAUCAAUCAAUCAAUCAAUCAAAUGAAUGAUGUAAUCCAAACAACAAUAUUCCAAUCCGUAUUUAUUUAUUUCA